AGUAUAAAAAUACGAUCUGCGAGGCAAGAACCAUAUGUCCGCUGCAAACUGUCCAAAAGAAAAGGACAUCUCCGUCGCCUCCAGUCCUGCCGUCCAAGAAGCAGGAGGCGGCCGGCAACCGCAGCAAACCUCGUCGCACCUUCUUCUCAGGAAAGAUGCCUGUGUCAGCUGUCGCAAAGCAACCGUCUUCUAAACCAAAUCCAUUCGAUUCUGAAUCAGACUCUGAAUUUACCUCGAGACCUGCAAAAGCAUCAUCUUCCUAUUCAGUUGAUCCUGGCGCCAAGAGCCGGUACAAGAAUGGCUUCCAUGAUUCACGCGGAUUCGAGAACCAAUCUGUGCAAGAACUGGAGAGCUACGCUGCGCACAAGGCUGAGGAGACCACUCAGAGAGUGAAUGACUGCCUUCGGCUUGCUGAAAACAUCAAGGAGAAUGUUACCACCACUCUUAUCACUUUGCAUAGGCAGGGUGAACAGAUCAACAGAACCCAUGAAACAGCUGCAAACAUUGAUCAGGACCUUAGCAGGAGCGAGACACUUCUAGGAAGCCUUGGAGGCUUCUUCUCAAAAUCCUGGAAGCCAAAGAAAACUAGGCAAAUAAAGGGACCAGUAAUUAUCACAAGAGAGGAUUCCUUCAGAAGAAGGGCUAACCAUUUAGAACAGAGAGAAAAAUUAGGAUUGUCUUCAAACCCUGGAGGGAAUCUGAAUCCUCAAAAAUAUCCUGAUCCUACCAACGCCAUGGAGAAGGUUCAGGUGGAGAAAGAUAAGCAAGACAGUGCCCUCUCUGAUCUUAGUGAUGUCUUGGGACAGCUCAAGGGCAUGGCUCUCGAUAUGGGCUCAGAAAUCGAUAGGCAAAACAAAGCGAUGGAUGGUCUACAAGAUGAUGUGGAGGAACUCAACUACAGGAUAAAAGGAGCCAACCAGCGUACACGCCGGUUGCUAGGGAAAUAAUAUUGCCUUGAAAAUGUGGGGGUGCAUUCUUGGCACGUGACGUUGCUGGAUCAAACAUAGCUGCUGCAGCCUUUUCCUUUUGAUGAAUUGCAGAAAACAAAUAUUUACAGACCUUUUACAAGACUACAAUGAUGAGGCCAUGGCUCCCUUUAGUAUAUUUUUAGACUCUCAAACCUGCAACA